AAUAAUUUUAUUUACAUGCAUUGACUUGUUCGAAAUAAGUGACUAACUAAACACGUAAAAUCAUUUUGAAUUAUGCAAUCACAUUGGUGGCUACGAUUCCUCCUUUUGUGAAAUACUACCGUCGAUCCCGGAAAGUACUCGAAUAGAAUUCUUCCUCGGCAUGACAGACGGAAUGUGGGAACGGAACUGACAUGGAGUAAACUGUAACGUGAAGGACUCGCGUUUGUCUUUUAAAUAUUGAUUUGUCUGUCGAACGGACAUUAUGUGACAACCAUGAACGUUUUUUUUAUACUUUGCUUCAUUGACGAGACUUACGUGAAUCCAAUCGAAUUGCGAGUAACCUAGCAUAAUUUCUUCAUAAUGGACCAUUUGAAAAGUACAAGCACGCAUGUAAUCAUGAAGAUCAUGAAACAUUCAUGUAUUGCCCAUAAUUGCUAUUUUCAGGGGACAAUGUGGAGUUUCCAAAAAUUUUGGCUAUUAUAAAUCUUUUAGCAAACAAAUAAAUUACGAGUAUUGAGAUGGACUCUCCACCGUCAUGUUCACUAAGCGCUACUGGACCUCUCAGUGAUCUUGGUAGCAGUGGAAUUGGAGGGUCCAUUUCUAGUGAUUCUGUUCGAGCACAUCUUGCAAUCGAGAUGCAAGAAAGCGAUGUAGAAAGUAAAUCCUUAUCGCAAGAUUCUUUUGAUUACUCGGAUGGUAUGUGCGGUGAAAAUUUUAAUACGCUGAAGAAAGGACCAGGUUGGACUGAUGCUGAUGGAAAGCUAGAAGUUGAAGUGGUCGAUGUAGCUAUUAAACCUCCACCAGAAUUUCAAGAUAGCCCUUCUCCUCCUAAUUCUGAAUCUUCGUCUGCACCAAUUCUUAGCUAUGCACAAUUAAUGAGACAAAAAGUUCCACGGUUAAUAGAUGAUUAUGCUGAGACCUUAGUACAGUCAAUGAUCGAAGAAGCAUUAAUAAUAUCUUGUAGAAUAUCAUGGCCAGAAGGAAGAAUAGCACCAGCAACAAACCAUAUACCGGUGGUAACUCGUAGUGUAUACAAUUCAAAACGUCUUUGGGCAACAGACUUGUUAACACCUUCGUCGUGUCAAGGGGCUACCACUUUGAUUACUCCUUACAAUACUUUGAAUCGUCCAAAUUCACGAUGUUCUUUAGCUUCUUCUCGUUUGUCCAGUUCUCAUAAUUCGAUAAAUACCUCAGGACUGAGUCACAAAGCAGACGAUAGCAGCUUUAUUACUUCUGCUAUGUCGCACGAUGUUUUAACGACCAGUGAGAUCAGUGAUAUGUACAAUGUGCCCUUUGAUUCCGACAUUUAUACUGUACCAAUAGAUGUAGUUAGACCUUUGCAUUAUCUUAGAACACCGCAAAGGCCGAAACGUCAUAGACAUCAUCGUAAAAGAAGAAGAAAUGUAUCUGCUAGUUCUCAAAGUGAAUUAGAAGCUCAUAUACAACAGGCAAGGCAUUACUGUGGGAAACCUCGUGCUAUUACCCAUGUUAUAAAAUCCCAGAGACUGCUAUCUGACGUAUGUUGCAACGAAGCUGGAAAUGGGAAACGUCAUAGUGUUCCGGGUACAUCUGGCCGACAUGUAUCCCGGACAUCUAAUGGUCAUAUGCAUAAUAUCGGUGAACCGAUUCAUAUGACUUUACAUGAAGUGCGUCAAUAUUUACAAACGCUAUAUUCAAGCUCCAGUGACUCUAGUGAAAAUAAAAUUAAACGCGAUAAAGUUCCAAUAAGUCAUACACCUGUACACCUUGCGAUGCCAAAAGGUAUUAGUGUAAAUAAUAACAAUAGAUAUAGUAAUCCGCAUACAGAUUCAGCGAUGGAUAUUCCAAUCUCAAACAAAAAUAGCAAUGGACUGAUUCACAAUAACAAUAAUAAUAAUAAUAACAAUAACAAUAAUAAUAAUGGUAAUGUUAAGAAACAUAAAAAGAAUUCGUUUGUUAGUAUUAAACAUAAAAAGGUAAAAGAGGAACCACAUAAGGAAAAGGUUGAUUCUGAAAGAGACAAGAUCAAGAAGGGUCAACGGAAUUUCUCAUUAAAUUUGAAACAAACACUUUGCAAUAUCUUUAGAUUCAGACGUUUGGGUUCUCCAGACCAUUUCGUAGAAAAAAGAAAUAGCAUUGUACAGGGUGAAAUCGUAGAAGAGGAAGAGGGUGUUGAUUCUGACCAACAUGCUAAUAAUAAUAAUACUACCUCAGAGGUAGAUCCCACUGUACAAAAGCUACCUUUUUUUAAGCGUGCGUUACCGCCAUUACCAAAAAGUAAUGGACACGUAGGAGGCGUAGAGCAAGCAGAAGAUGCGCUAACAACGAUGGUAUCCAAAUGUGAGAGUCCAACUUCUGUACCGCCACAAAUGCCUCCACCUGCACCAAAAGUCGAAGAAGAGCCAACAGAAGAUACUAGUAUGGAUUUUGCUGCUAGCAUCGAGAAAGUAAAAGAUUAUGGAUGGUAUUGGGGCCCAAUAUCUGGCGAAGCUGCGGAGAAAAUACUGUCCAAUGAACCGGAUGGAUCAUUCAUUGUGCGAGAUAGUAGCGAUGAUCAUUAUAUUUUCUCUUUAUCAUUUAGACUUAACAGUUGCGUGCGACAUGUAAGAAUAGAGCAUGAUCAGGGUAAUUUCAGCUUUGGAAGUUGCACAAAAUUUAAGUCUCAUACAAUUGUCGAUUUUAUUGAAAAUGCAGUAGAGCAUUCGCGUAGUGGACGAUACCUGUUUUUUCUUCAUCGACGGCCAGUGUUAGGUCCAAUGCGUGUGCAACUUCUUCAUCCAGUGUCGAGAUUCAAACAGGUUCAGAGUUUACAACACAUGUGCAGAUUUGUUAUUUUGAAAAUUGUACGCAGGGAUCUUAUUCCAACUCUACCUCUGCCACGGCGGCUCAUCGAUUACCUGAGUAUGCCUCAUUACUACAGCGAACAAUUAGCUGAACAAGAUGACAGAGCUGAAUCUCCUGUUAGUUCUUCAACUGGUGAAUUAGAGAAGAUUUGUUUCACACCGCAAGGCCUAUCGUGAGGUACAAACAUAUAAUUUUUUAUUUCUCACGGUUUUUCUUUUCAAAUACUUGCCAAAUGUUUAGUAUAUAUAGUUUAAGAUUCAAAGUAUUACACGAUUCUGUUUCGUAUGAUUUCAAUAAGCAAUAUAAUAAUGAAGUAUAACGACAUAGCUGAUUUCUACAUAUGUUAUGUACAAGUUUAAAUUUCAGACGUAAUAUCUAAUAUCUUUUUGUAAAGAAGGGUAAUCCGUUCCACGCAGCUCGUAUAUAGAAUUAUGAACAGUGUAGUUACAAAGCAUAAAAUUACUAAAAAAGAUAUGAAGCAAAAAAUAAUAUUCGUUAAAAUAUAAUUUUGAAUUAGAAUUCAUAUUUGCAUAAUUUUAUUGAAAGUGCACAAAUAAAUUGACAUUUGAUCUUUUAAUUUUAUGAAAAUGAUUUCAGGAGCACACGUAGAAUUAUUUCAGCAAAUUCUGUAUAUUACUUUGGAUUCAGUUCCUCUUUGUUGUUUCAAAAUAAUAAAUUACAAUUUCACAUCAUACAAUGAAUGUAUAAUAUUCAUAUAUAAUAAUGUAAAGCAGUGAUUAAAUUACUCCUUCUUGUGUGCCAUAUAUUUUAUAUUGCAAUUUUUGGUCAAAUAUUAAAAGCAUAAAUACUUUUCAUUUUCAUUGGAAAUUUAGUUAACAGAUUUUGUUUUUACCAGAGAUUAUUCAAUUAUGCAUUUCAUUAAUCGUUAUAGAAUUUUGAAAUUCGUGUUUAAUAUAACUGAGAAGCAUAUGAAUGUAGUUGAUAUUCCACUUUAUCGGACGAUCAAACAUAGAGUUAACGAAUCAUUUUUUAAUAUGAUGCACGUACAAGCAAUUAUAAAAAAAGCUGUAGACUAAUGUUACAUUAAGAUAUAAUCUGGCAUAUAUAAAUAUCAGUUAUUGCGUCUGCCAACUAUAGAAAAUUUCAAUAUUAAUCAGUUUAAUGACGUUGUUGUAUCAUGUUUUAAGUUUAGAAGUAGCUGCUACAGACUGAUUAACUUAGAACAAAUAUUCAACGAACUAAUGGAAUCAUAAUACUUUAUAAAUAUCUUCAUUUUUGAGCAUCAUAUAUAUUUUUUCAUAAAUUAUUAUAUAAUUGUUUUUGAGAAUAAUCUUUGGAUGAACACAGCUUUAUUAUUUUCUAUUGCUUUAUAAUGUAAAUAUUUUUGUGUAUAUUGCUUCAUUUUGUAAAAUAAUAUUAAAUCAUCAAGGAUUUUUUAAUCCUUAGCAUAUUAGCUAUAUAUGUAUAUAUUUUUUGAUUUUUUAAGUUUAUAAAACAAUAAUUGAUGUUACAAUGUGCAAUCUCUUUUAAAGUAUCACAGUUUUUCGUUUUUCUUAUAGUCAAUUUUAAAAUAAGAUUUGAUAAUAUUUACCUUAAAAGGUAAAAAAUUCUUUAUUAAAACUGAUUAGCGACUGGUGCUAUAUAAAAUUAUAAAUUAUAGAAUUCUGAUUCCUUAAAUUAUGCAGUUGAAUCGAGGUAAUCGAAGUCACUGUUUAUUCUUGUGCUCAGAUAAAUUUAACGAGAUUACAUCGUGCGAAGCACUUGAUCGAAGUUAAUUAUAUUAUACUUAAUUUUAUAUAUUUUGUUUUAUUUGGUAAUUUAAGAAAUUUUCGGACAAAG